UGCGUGACCGGGUCAGGACAAAGAUGGAGCGAGACAUCCUGGUGGAGGUCAACCAUCCCUUCAUCGUCAAACUGCACUACGCGUUUCAGACGGAGGGGAAGCUCUACCUGAUCCUGGACUUCCUCAGAGGAGGCGAUCUCUUCACCCGUCUCUCCAAGGAGGUGAUGUUCACAGAAGAGGACGUCAAGUUUUACCUGGCAGAGCUCGCACUGGCCCUCGAUCACCUUCACGGCCUGGGCAUCAUUUACAGAGACCUCAAACCAGAGAACAUCCUGCUCGAUGAGGAGGGACACAUCAAGCUGACUGACUUUGGCCUCAGUAAGGAGUCAAUAGACCACGAGAACAAGGCGUACUCCUUCUGCGGGACGGUGGAGUACAUGGCUCCCGAGGUGGUGAACAGGCGAGGACACACGCACAGCGCCGACUGGUGGUCGUACGGCGUGCUCAUG